UCCGCGGCGGGGCGGGCGGCGGGACAGCCGCGGGCAGCCCCCGGCGGCGCCCGCGCAGCCCCCGCACCGCGGCUCGGCCGCGCAUGGACGCGCGCUCCCGCCUGCACCUAUGCUGCUUGGAGAUGACCUCCAAAAGGAAGCUGAUCGGCCGCCUGGUGCCGUGCCGGUGUUUCCGCGGGGAGGAGGAGAUCGUCUCCGUGCUGGAUUAUUCCCACUGUGGCCUGCAGCAGGUGCCAAAGGAGGUUUUCAACUUCGAGAGGACCCUGGAGGAGCUUUACCUCGAUGCCAACCAGAUCGAGGAGCUUCCCAAGCAACUGUUCAACUGCCAGGCCCUGCGGAAGCUGAGCAUUCCCGACAACGACCUCUCCAGCCUCCCCACCUCCAUCGCCAGCCUGGUCAACCUCCGCGAGCUCGACAUCAGCAAGAACGGAAUCCAAGAUUUCCCAGAAAACAUUAAGUGUUGUAAGUGUUUAACCAUAAUCGAAGCCAGCGUCAAUCCCGUGUCCAAGCUGCCAGAUGGCUUCACACAACUUCUAAAUUUGACCCAGCUCUAUCUAAAUGAUGCCUUUUUGGAGUUUCUUCCAGCUAACUUUGGAAGACUUGUUAAAUUGCGAAUUUUGGAGUUAAGAGAAAACCACUUGAAAACUCUACCAAAGUCAAUGCACAAACUGACUCAGCUGGAGAGGCUCGAUCUGGGCAAUAAUGAGUUCUCUGAGCUGCCUGAGGUUCUUGAACAAAUCCAGAAUCUGAAGGAGCUGUGGAUGGACAAUAAUUCCUUGCAAGUGCUACCUGGGUCUAUAGGGAAGUUAAAACAGCUCGUGUACCUGGAUGUGUCCAAAAACAGGAUCGAGACAGUGGAUCUGGACAUCUCGGGCUGUGAGGGGCUCGAGGAUCUGCUCCUCUCAUCCAACAUGCUGCAGCAGCUGCCAGAUUCCAUAGGAUUGUUGAAGAGACUGACAACUCUGAAAGUGGAUGACAACCAGCUCACCAUCCUGCCCAAUGCCAUUGGAAACUUGUCCCUGCUGGAGGAAUUCGACUGCAGCUGCAACGAGCUGGAGUCUCUGCCCUCCACCAUCGGGUACCUGCACAACCUGCGCACCCUGGCCGUGGACGAGAAUUUCCUCCCGGAGCUGCCCAGAGAAAUUGGGAGCUGUAAGAACGUGACUGUGAUGUCCCUGCGCUCCAACAAACUGGAAUUUCUUCCUGAUGAGAUUGGCCAGAUGCAGAAGCUGAGGGUGUUAAAUCUGAGUGAUAACAGACUGAAGAAUUUGCCCUUCACUUUCACCAAACUCAAGGAGCUGGCAGCCCUGUGGCUUUCUGACAACCAGUCCAAGGCUCUGAUCCCGCUGCAGACGGAGGCGCAUCCCGAGACCAAGCAGCGAGUGCUCACCAACUACAUGUUCCCCCAGCAGCCCCGCAGCGACGAAGAUUUCCAGUCUGACAGCGACAGCUUUAACCCCACUCUGUGGGAGGAGCAGAGGCAGCAGAGAAUGACUGUGGCCUUUGAAUUCGAGGACAAGAAGGAAGAGGAGGAAAAUCCAGGGAAAGUCAAGGAUGCCUUUGGACAUCCUGGCAGCGAGAUGAGGAUAGGGGAGCUCCGUCCUUCCAUGCCCGAGACGCCGCUCUACCCCCCCAAACUCAUCCUGCUGGGUAAAGACAAGAAAGAGUCGACAGAUGAGUCUGAAGCAGAUAAGAUCCAUUGUCUGAAUAACAGCGUUUCCUCAGGCACUUACUCAGACUAUUCCCCUUCCCAGGCUUCCUCAGGGUCCUCCAACGCGCACGUAAAAAUGGGCUCCCUGCAGACCACGGCUAAAGAAGCAGUGAAUAACUCUUUGUGGGGGAACAGGCUGGCCCAGUCGUUCCCACAGCCCCUGGAGACCAAGCCAUUGCUGAGCCAGCGGGAAGCGGCUCCGGCCGGGAACGUCCCGGCGCGCCCGGAGCGGCGCCCGCUGAGCGACGCCUUCACCGACAGCUGGAACGACGGCUCCCACUACGACAACACGGGGUUCGUGGCCGAGGAGAGCGCGGCAGAGAACGCCAGCACCAACCCCCUGCUGAGCACCAAAUCCAGGAGCUCCUCCGCGCACAGCCGCCGGCCGCUGAUCCGGCAGGACAGGAUCGUGGGGAUCCCCCUGGAGCUGGAGCAGCCCCCGCUCAGAAACACACACGACUCUGAAGUGCCUCCUCCCAAUCCUUGGCAAAAUUGGACCAGAACCCCCAGUCCUUUUGAAGACAGGACAGCUUUUCCUUCCAAACUGGAAAGCACCCCCAACACCAGCCCUUUGCCCGAGCGGAAAGAUCACAUCAAGGAGUCUCCCGAAAUGACGAGCACUUUCACUCCAGGAAUUCCGUGGGAAUAUCACGACUCCAACGCUAACAGGAGCCUCACAAACGUCUUUUCCCACAUGCACUGUCGCCCAGACCCUUCCAAAAACGUCAUCUCCAUCAGCAAGAGCACGGAGCGGCUCUCCCCGAUGAUGAGGGAUUUAAAAACGAACAAGUUUAAGAAGUCGCAGAGCAUCGACGAGAUCGACAUCGGUGCGUACAAGGUGUACAACAUCCCCCUGGAAAACUAUGCAUCCGGGAACGACACCGUGGGCCCCCACGAGAGGGUGGACAAGCUGCUGGGCCCGGAGCACGGCGUGCUGAGCAUGUCCCGCAGCCAGUCCGUGCCCAUGCUGGACGACGAGCUGCUGACCUACGGCAGCGUCAAGGUGCAGCCGCAGCACAAGGCGUCGGUCACCAAGAAAGUUUAUCAGUUCGACCAAAGCUUCAACCCCCAGGGCGCCGUGGAGCUGCCGGCCGACAAGCGGCUCCUGCCGCCCUUCCAGCUCAACGCCGAGUACCUGCCCCAGCCGGCCAAGAGCCUGCCCCAGGAGCUGGUGAGCCCGCGGGGCUACCGCGGCUACGCGCCCGUGGAGCCCAUGUUCUCCUUCUCGCAGCCCUCGGUCGGCGAGGAGCCGCCGGCCGCCCCCUUCCCCGGCCCGGCCGCGCGGCCCGGCUUCCUGCGCAGGGCGGAUUCGCUGGUCAGCUCGGCGGAGAUGUCGGUGUUCCGCAGGGUGGGCGAGCCCCAGGAGCUGCCCCCGGCGGACAGGUACGGCCGGGCCCCGUUCCGUGGCGCCCCGGACCGCCAGGGCAGCAUGGCCGUGCCCGAGGCCCAGUUCCUCAAGCGCAACGGGCGCUACGAAGACGAGCACCCUUCCUACCAGGAGGUGAAAGCCCAGACUGGGAGCUUCCCAGUUAAAAACCUCACGCAAAGGAGGCCCCUGUCAGCACGAAGCUACAGCACAGAGAGCUACGGCACGGCCCAAACGCGGCCGGUCUCAGCGAGGCCCACCAUGGCAGCUCUGCUGGAAAAGAUUCCGUCAGACUAUAACUUGGGUAACUAUGGCGACAAGCCUUCCGAUAGCAGUGAUAUAAAGCCGAGGCCUCCCCCUGGGAAGGGAAAUGAGAGCUGUGCUAAAAUGCCCGCUGACUGGAGACAACAGCUACUUAGACAUAUAGAAGCUAGAAGGUUAGACAGGAGCGCUGCUUACAAACACCACACAGUUAGCCUUGGCAUGCUGCACUCUGGAGGGGUUUCAGCCAUGCAUGCCGGCCGAAGCAUGACUUUAAACUUGCAGCCUAAAUCUAAAUUUGAAAACCAAAUGCUUCAAGAGCUACCUCUACCGAAAACCCCGUCGCAGCAGAGCAGCCUCCUGGACAACGGGCAGGACGAGGUGGCCGUGGGCAGCCCCUGGACCCCGUACCCGCUGGGCCGGCGGGACGUGCCCCCCGACACCGUCACCAAGAAGGCAGGUAGCCACAUCCAGACGCUGAUGGGAUCACAGAGCCUGCAGCACCGGAGCCGGGAGCAGCAGUACGAGGGCAGCAUGAACAAGGUCACCAUCCAGCAGUACCAGCCACCCCUGCCCAUCCAGAUCCCGUCAUCCCAGAGCUCCCGGGCCCCCCAGCCCCAGCGGUGCCUCAUCCAGACCAAGGGCCAGCGCAGCACGGACGCCUACCAGGAGCAGUUUUGUGUGAGGAUAGAGAAGAAUCCUGGCCUUGGGUUUAGUAUCAGUGGUGGAAUAAGUGGACAAGGAAAUCCAUUCAAACCUUCUGAUAAGGGUAUCUUUGUUACUAGGGUUCAGCCUGACGGCCCCGCCUCCAGCCUGCUCCAGCCCGGAGACAAAAUCCUCCAGGCCAAUGGACACAGCUUUGUACACCUGGAACACGAGAAGGCUGUGCUCCUACUGAAGAGUUUCCAGAACACAGUAGACUUAGUUAUCCAACGUGAGCUUACUGUCUAAAUAUUUUUUUAUAAAUAGUAAAUAUGUCUAGCCAGAUCUAAUGUUCAAACAGAUUUAUACAUAGGAAACCAAUUUUUUGCCAAUUGCUGGACCAAUGGCAAACAGUAGUGCCAAAUGUAUAAUACUCUAUGUUAGUACCAAUCAUCGGGAGAAAAUAUAAGAAUUAACUCUAUAAAUAUAUUGUUCAUGUGGCUCCGUAUUAGUUUUACUUGUCAGCCUCUGGCUGUGCAUUGGUGCGUUUUUUUAACCAAGUUCCUUCUUAAAAGUCAAUUUCAUAUGAUUU